GGGGCCGCGUCUCCCGGCCGGCGCGGCCGGAUGGAGCCCCCGGCGGCCAAGCGCAGCCGGGGCUGCCCCGCGGGGGACGAGCCUGGGACCGGGGCCCGUCGCGGCCGCCCCGAGCCGCUGCUGGACCUCAGCGCCAAGCGGGUGGCCGAGAGUUGGGCCUUCGAGCAGGUGGAGGAGCGCUUUUCCCGGGUGCCAGAGCCAGUUCAGAAGCGCAUUGUGUUCUGGUCUUUUCCACGAAGUGAACGGGAGAUUUGUAUGUACUCAUCACUAGGCUACCAGCCCCCAGAAGGCGAGCAAGACACCCGGGUGCCAUUUACCCGUGGGCUGCACCUGCUGCAGAGUGGGGCUGUGGAUCGAGUGCUACAAGUGGGGUUCCACCUCAGUGGGAACAUCCGAGAACUGGGGGCCCCAGGAGAGCCAGAGCAUCUCUACCACGUCUCCAUCAGCUUUGACCGCUGCAAGAUCACAUCUGUGAGCUGUGGCUGUGACAACCGAGACCUCUUCUACUGUGCACAUGUGGUGGCCUUGUCACUGUACCGCAUCCGCCAUGCACACCAGGUGGAGCUGCGGCUGCCCAUCUCUGAGACCCUCUCUCAGAUGAACCGUGAUCAGCUUCAGAAGUUCGUCCAGUAUCUCAUCAGUGCACACCACACUGAGGUGCUACCCACUGCCCAGCGCCUUGCUGAUGAGAUCCUUCUUCUGGGCUCUGAGAUCAACCUGGUUCAUGGUGCUCCAGAUCCCACGGCAGGUGCGGGCACAGAAGAUGCCAACUGCUGGCAUCUAGAUGAGGAGCAGAUCCAGGAGCAGGUGAAGCAGCUGCUGUCCAAUGGUGGCCACUAUGGGGCCAGCCAGCAGCUGCGCUCCAUGUUCAGCAAGGUGCGGGAGAUGCUGCGGGCACGGGACUCUAAUGGGGCACGCAUGCUAAUCCUCAUGACUGAGCAGUUCCUGCAGGACCCUCGCCUGGCCCUGUGGCGGCAACAGGGUGCUGGCAUGACAGACAAGUGCCGGCAGCUGUGGGAUGAGCUGGGGGCUUUGUGGGUCUGCGUCAUUCUGAGCCCCCACUGCAAACCAGAUGAGCGCUCAGGCUGGCUGCAGCUGCUUGGCGCAUGGGACAAGCUAGAUGUGUGCCCACUGGAAGAGGGCAACUACUCCUUUGACAUCCCCGGCCUACAGCCUACUUUGACCUCCAGGACAGGCUCAGAGGAUGAAGAGGAGGAGGUGACAGCCACCAGUCCCCGUCGUACAGUGUUCAGCCGAGCACUGCAGGCUGGGGAGUUGCACUGGAAUGACAGCCACCUGCAGAGGAUCCUGGCCAGUGAUUCCUGUGGCCCAAGUCUCACUGGCAAUAUGGGAGGUGACAAACCAACCUUUGACCCUCAGGGCCACCCCAUCUGGCUGGGUGAAACCUUCCCUACUGCCUGUGCACGGGUGGAUACUUUGCGUGCCCAUGGUUAUCCCCACAAGGCUCUGCGGCUAGCAUGUGCCAUAGUCAACACUCUGCGGCUGCAGCGGCGACACCAGCUUGAGAACUACAAGCAGCAAAAAAAAGAACUGCUCCAAAAAGGUGCUACUUGCCUCACAAGCACUGAAGGUUGGGUGGGCCAUCCCCUGGAUCCCAUUGGCUGCCUCUGCAGGGCACUGCUGGAGGCCUGUCGACUGGAGGAGGAGCCUCACUCUCUUUACCCAGACUUGCCCACAGAGAAGCGGAAGCUGUCCUACCAGCAUGUGCCAGUGCCAGGGAGCCCUGGGGAGUCCUACCUGGCUCUGGCACUGGAAGUGGCACUGCUGGGGCUAGGGCAGCAGCGGGCCCUUCCGGAGGGGUUGUAUGCCCAGGACAAAGUGGUGCGCAAUGAAGAGCAGCUGCUGGCCCUGCUGGAGGAGGUGGAGCUGGAUGAGCGGCUGGUGCAAGUUCUGCGCAAGCAGGCUGGGCUGCUGUUGGAAGGAGGCCCUUUCAGUGGCUUCGGCGAAGUGAUUUUCCGAGAGAGCGUACCCAUGCACACCUGUGCCCGAUACUUGUUCGCUGCGCUGCUGCCCCACGACCCAGAUCUGGCCUUUCGCCUGGCACUCCGAGCCAUGAGGCUGCCUGUACUCGAGACAACAUUCCCAGCUGGAGAAGCUCACCCUAACCCACUGGACUCCAUCAUGAGCAACCGCUUCCCCCGUUGGUUCAUCCUCGGCCACCUGGAGACCCGCCAGUGUGAACUGGCUUCCACCAUGCUGACUGCUGCCAAGGGAGACACCAAGUGGCUGCAUGCAGUCCUGGGCUCCGUCCAGCAAAACAUCCACUCUCCAGCCCUGCUCUUCAAGUUGGCACAGGACGCCUGCAAGACAGCCACACCAGCCAGCGCGCCACCAGACACCAUGCUGCUGGGCAUCGCACUGGAGCUUGGGCUGCAGGUGAUGCGGAUGACACUGAAUACAAUGACUUGGCGGCGCAGAGAGAUGGUGCGCUGGCUAGUUAGCUGUGCCACAGAGAUUGGCCCACCAGCGCUGAUGAGCAUCAUGAAGAAUUGGUACUCCUUGUUCACCCCAGUGGAGGCAGUCACUAUUGUGGCAGUGACAGGCACCACGCAUGCCACUUUGUUGCGACUGCAGCUAGACACAGCCGGGCGAGAGGAGCUCUGGGCAUGUGCCCGCACCUUGGCAUUGCAGUGCUCCAUGAAAGACCCCCAGAACUGCGCCUUGCCAGCCCUGACCCUGUGUGAAAAGAAUCAUGCAGCUUUCGAGGCCGCCUACCAGAUUGUGCUGGAUGCCGCAGCCAGUGGCCUCGGCCAUGCCCAUCUCUUCACUGUAGCACGAUACAUGGAGCAUCGAGGCCUACCUUUGCGGGCCUACAAGCUGGCCACACUAGCCUUGGCACAACUCAGCAUUGCCUUCAACCAAGACAGCCACCCUGCGGUCAACGAUGUGCUGUGGGCCUGCUCGCUCAGCCACUCGUUGGGGCGGCACGAGUUGUCAGCCAUUGUCCCUCUCAUCAUCCGCAGCAUCCACUGCGCACCUAUGCUCUCAGACAUCCUGCGCCGCUGGACACUCUCAGCACCCGGUCUGGGCCCACUGGGGGCCCGCAGGGCUACCAAGCCACUAGGGACUGACAGGGCACCACUCUGCCAGCUCCUGGAUGCUGCAGUAGCUGCCUACAUCACCACCAGCCACUCACGCCUCACCCACAUCAGCCCACGUCACUAUGGUGACUUCAUUGAGUUUCUGGGCAAAGCCCGAGAGACCUUCCUUCUGGCUCCAGAUGGGCACCUCCAGUUUGCACAGUUCUUAGAGAGCCUUAAGCAGACCUACAAGGGGAAGAAGAAGCUAAUGCUGUUGGUUCGGGAGCGGUUUGGCUGAGGGGCUGCAGCUAGCAUGGCUACUUCAGGAUCAAGUGUUGGAAUGUGGGAGGCAGGUGGUGACACCAUUCCAAGUGUGUGCCUACGAGUGUGCAGACCAAUGGGAGAUCUGAGGGUCUGAAGCCAUACUGCUAACUAGAGGCCUGCAGGGGUAUGCCUGGGCACCCCACAGUCAAGAGGCAAGCUCUGGCUCUCCCAAACUCACAUGGUUAGCCGGAGCUACCAGGAGAAGGGCUGGAGGUAGAACUUUCCAGAAAUUAGUUCUUAAAUUCAGUAUAGCAGAUCCUCCAGAGCCCACCCAGGUGCCUGGGGACGUCACAUCAGGUAUUAAAUCCCGUGUUUCAUCCCCUCUCCUACAGCUCAGGGGUCCUGUCCACUGCCCUGCGCUUCCAGCCCAAGCCGCCAGCACAAGUCAAUGCCUCAUCCCCACUGAAGGAAUCAAGAGGCUUUGGGCCUCUGCCACAUACCUCACCCCCAAACACCCUGUCCAGCCAGGACCUGUCUUGUCUUGGGCACCAAGGUCACAGGGUAGGCUGGGGAUAGCUCUCUGCUGCCCAGACCCCACCACUAGUAACUGGAUACACAACUCAGGAACCAGGCUGCCCUCCAACCUGUGUGGGAGGCAUAGACAGACAGCCAGGGAUCCCACCCUGUCUUCCUUUAGCUCUACGUGGCCGUCUCUGUUUCCUCACUUCCUUUAGUUUAGCCAUUUCUGCAUCUCUCUCCCUCUUGAGUCCCGGCUGCUGAUAGGGGCAUCCCUUUACCCCAGGCCUUAGCCUAAGGAAGGGAUCGCCUCCACCCCAAAUGAACCAGUCUUCUUUCUUGUAUAUUAAGGAAAAAGUUGGCAUCGUUUUGUAACUUUUUUUCCUAUUUAUUGAAUCCUGUACUGUACUCCUUUCCUUUUUUUAAAAAAAAAAUUU